AUGGAUCAGAGUAUCCAACGCGCCUUGAACGACAAGCUGUAUGAUAGGCGGAAGGUUGGCGCUCUAGAUCUUGAGCGUGUUAUUCGAGAUCUUGCUGCUGCCAAAGAAUUUGACCGGAUACAGAGGAUUAUACAGCAGUUGUGUAAUGAGUAUGCCUAUGCCGUUCACCAGCCUCACGCUCGAAACGGCGGGCUCAUCGGGCUGGCAGCCGCAGCCAUUGCGCUAGGUCCUGAAUUGGCACGGUACUUGAACGAAAUUGUUCCUCCCGUGCUGGCAUGCUUCACAGACCAAGAUGCUCGGGUUCGAUAUUACGCUUGCGAAAGUAUGUAUAACAUCGCCAAAGUCGCCAAGGGCGAAGUUUUACCGUACUUCAACGAUAUCUUCGAUGCAUUAUGCAAACUCGGUGCAGAUUCUGAGCUCUCCGUCAAGAACGGCGCCGAGCUCCUGGAUCGUCUGAUCAAAGACAUUGUCUCUGAAUCGGCUGCUACUUACGUCUCGAUACUUCACAGCACGGAAGCACCACUUCUUGAAACCGACAAAGAGACGCCAGAUGAAUCGAUCGAUGCACCCACCGCAUUCUCCCUUGUCCGUUUCCUACCGUUGUUGAAAGAACGAAUCCACGUUAUCAAUCCGUUCACGCGAACUUUCCUUGUAGGUUGGAUCACCCUACUUGACUCCAUUCCGGAUUUAGAACUCGUCUCGUACCUACCGGAAUUCCUGGGUGGCUUGUUUAAAUUCCUCAGCGACCCAAACCGAGAUGUUCAUGUUGCUACCCAAGGCGCACUUGAGAGAUUCCUCAGUGAGAUCAAGCGCAUUUCACGAAUCAAGAAAGGUAUUGAGGAAAGCCGCAAGUCUCGAAGUGACGGCAAGCGGAAGCGCUCUGGAUCCAUGGACAGUGAAAACUCCGUGGCACCUGAUGCAAUUGGAGAUGAUGAAUCAGGUACAGCAGAUGACAAGGAUGUCAGCAGUGAUGAUGAUUGGGUCCCAGGACAAGAUGUCCAGGUCAACCACAAGGAUAUUCUUGAAAUAUUGACAGCGAACUUGGACUCUCCGUUAGAGGAGGAUAGUUUACUGGAAUCACUUCGCUGGAUUGUCGAAUUCCUUGACAUAUGUCCGGAAGAGGUCUUGCCGUUUGCUCCAAAGAUUCUGGCACACUUACUCCCAGCCAUGGCUAGUGGCGUGGAGACUAUUCGUCAAGCAGCUGCCCGAGUGAACACAUCUUUAAUGGAUUAUGUCGUCUCGCUGUCCGAUGAGGGUGCCCCGUCAGAGAGUACCAGCGCUGGCCCUUCGAGAAUUCCCACCUCAAUCAUGAAAGAAGCAGCCAACGAAAGAAGAGACUCAUCCACGAACACUCGAGGCUCAAUCUCAGGGUCGCGCGAGAAUGAUAGAAGGGAGUCAGAAGUGCAGACGCCACCUCCACCAUACAAGACUCCCACUCCUUCUUCACCACCCCAGCCGCAGGUCGAUCUUGACUACGCAGCGGCUGUAAAUUCUUUGACACUACUUUUUUUGAAUGACCACGAAGCCACAAGAGUCGCAGCCCUUACCUGGCUGCUUAUGCUCCACAGGAAAGCUCCAAGAAAAGUGCUUGCUUUUAACGAUGGGACUUUUCCUGCCCUUCUCAAAACGCUUUCCGAUCCAGCGGAGGCAGUCGUCACUCGAGACCUCCAACUUCUAUCUCAGAUAUCCAGGAAUAGCGGAGAUGAUUACUUCACAUCGUUUAUGGAAAAUCUGCUGCAAUUAUUCUCAACCGACCGAAAGCUUCUAGAGACUCGCGGCAACCUGAUCAUCCGCCAGCUAUGUGUCAGUCUCAGUCCUGAGCGAAUUUACCGCACACUAGCAGAUUGCAUUGAAAAAGAGGAAGACGUUGAAUUUGCCAGUAUUAUGGUUCAAAAUCUCAACAAUAAUCUUAUCACGGCGCCCGAAUUAGCUGAGCUCCGCAAACGACUGCGAAAUCUAGAAACCAAGGACGGCCAAACGUUUUUCGUCGCUCUCUUCCGAUCUUGGUGCUAUAAUGCUGUCGCAACCUUUUCCUUGUGUCUACUUGCCCAAGCAUAUGAGCAAGCGUAUAACCUUCUUCAGAUAUUUGCGGAAUUGGAAAUGACGGUAAACAUGCUCAUUCAGAUUGACAAGCUUGUCCAAUUGCUCGAGUCUCCUGUCUUUACAUAUCUCCGACUCCAGCUUCUAGAACCCGAAAAAUAUCCUCAUCUUUAUAAGUGUCUUUAUGGCCUUCUUAUGCUGCUCCCUCAAUCAUCUGCGUUUGCAGCAUUAAAGAACAGAUUGAAUAGUGUGAGCGCGAUAGGCUACUUGCACAUUGCACCCCGGGCGUACGUAUCUCAAUCUCGUAGCAACAGCACUGUUUCUACCUUUCAAUUCCAUCAGCGUCAGAAAAGCACCGAGACUCAUGCGUCCUCAUUUAGCACGCCCACCAAUGCUGGUCCUGCAAGCUUUGACAGAUCGAGUAGACUCAAAGGAAGAGACGAGGGCGGGAUUCGGUGGAACGAGUUGCUCGAGAAGUUCAGAAGCGUUCAGGAACGAGCCAGGAGGGCACAGAGGCCAGGAGGGGAUCUGGACGAUACUUUUGGUAUUGGAGAUGGGAGAGGUGAAGGACUCGGCUCCAACGCAUUCAAAGAUUUGGCUCGACUACCAGGUCCUCCGAUCCUGGUGAAAGAUACCCCUGUGGCACCUGUUGGCACUCAACAAGCAGCCCACAAAUCGAAAUCAAGUCUGGGAAAAUUUGGAAGACUAGGGGGGGCGGUGUCUGGUGCGCGGCCGAAGAGAUAG